AUGCGUUUCCAUCUCGGUCUCGUCUUAUUAGGCUUGGUUGCCUCGGUCCUCGCUCUCCCUGCGCUGCAGAAGCCUGUCAUUGUGCAAUACCCCGAUGACACUCCAUCCUCCGUCAUCGAAAAGGCCAUCGAAGAGAUCAAGAAAGAUGGAGGCAUCAUCACCCACGAAUACUCCUUGAUCAAGGGGUUUGCCGCCAGAGUCUCUGAAGUUACGCUCACUAAAAUCAGCACCAUGGCCGAUGCCUACGUUCCAUACAUCGAAAAUGACUACGUCGUCCAUGUUGAUGGAUCGACAACCACCGAUGACCAGUGA